AUGUCGGACUCUCAAAUUGCAAAGGUGGCCGAAGUAGGCUUCGCCUCCGCCAGCGCCUACGAUGCCUACCGACCAACAUAUCCAGCCGAAGCAGUCGAGCGGCUUCUCCAAGGUUGUGGGAUGGCCGGGGUAAAGGGUGCCAAAAUUGCAGAUCUGGCAGCUGGAACGGGCAAAUUCACCGAGAUUCUAGCCAGAAGACCCGAAGAAUAUGACAUCGUAGCCAUUGAGCCGCACGAUGCUAUGCGGGAAGAAUUACAAAAGAAAGCCCUGCCUCGAGUUAAAGUGGUCAAAGGAACCGCAGACAAUAUGCCGGAGAUACCGGAUGAGAGCGUAGCGUGUGUGAUACCUUCACAGUCCUUUCAUUGGUUUGCAAACAUAGACGCACUCAGGGAGAUAUCGCGCAUAUUGCAACCGGGGGGAACUCUGGGUCUCAUUUGGAACAUUGAGGACUAUAAUUCACCGAAAUCGUGGCAGGUCCGUUCUAGCUGGGAGCGUACCAUGCGUGAUAUAAUAUGGUCAUUCGACGACAAUUCUCCACGGUUCCGACAUGAAAAGUGGCAGCAAGUCUUCGUUGAUCAACAGAGUUUGUUCAAAGUGCCUUUAAGCCAGGAUUCGGUCGAAUUCGAGACGUGGCUGCCCAAAGAUGCAGUCUGGAGCAGAUUGAGGACGUUAAGCCAGCUGGCGAUUCUUGAGGGAGAAGAAUUGGAGAAAGUGAAGAAGACGUUCUUUGACAGUGUCAAUUCUGAGGAUACCCCGACUGAUGAGUCCGGGCGCAUUGCCGUGCAUGGUCGUACUGUAUUCUUCUGGACGAGCAAGACAUGA